AUUCCCACCACUCUACGGACAUAAAUUCGUGCAUGCGUGUGAAAGGUUGGAGGUUAUGAAAUAGAAACAUAAACAAUCGACCUGUCAUUUGGAGCACAGUCUUAAGAUUGGAUAAAUUACGACUUGCGAUUGAAAAAUGAGUGAAAAACGCGCACGCCAACCGAUAGUUCGUUACGUAGGAUACGAGGGGAAUAACGAGUGGACUAAUGAUGAGAAAAUCCUCUUAUUGAAGGGUUUAAAGAAAUACGGCCAUAAAGAUGUUCCGAGUAUAGCUAAAUUGGUGCCAAGCAAAUCCCCGAUCGCAGUGAAAACGAUGAUUCUCAACACAAUGAUGGCUGCACGUCGUUCUACCAAACCAGGGAGAAAACCGCCUAUAAAUAUGUGGCUGGAACGAACGUCGCUUGACGAUACAAACUCGCUGAUUCCGCAGGCCUUGAAAUUCAUAUCAUUGUUCGAGAGGCAUCCUGCUGCUGAAAAUUGCGGCGGCUGUGAUCUCAGAGCUGCCUAUGACUUCGUUUCUCGUAUGACACGCAACCAACCUACUGCCGAGCUGUCAACAAAUACUAGAAGAAUUAUUUUUAAAGCUAUUUCCAAGACUGUGAGCAAAAUGAGAUUGAGCAGUCCAGAGAGCCUAUUCCAGUCUAUCAAUAAUGUAACAAAAACAGCGUCGCAAAAGGAUUACACACGCCAUACCAAAACACAAUCUAACAUCGGACCUCACAAAGUGCUACAGGAGUUGAACAAAUUCAUGGUACCAACUGAGCAGCUUCGCAUGUCUUGAUUUUAAUUCAAUCAAGGAUUGAACUAUUAGGUAGUAAUUUUAUUCAUCCAGGACUAUCUCGUCUCACGAGGUUCAUGCAGUUUCACCAAUUGGUAAUCAGCUAAAUUAGAUGAUAAAAGUUUUUCAUGGAUUAAAUACUGGUUUAAUCAACAGAAAUAUUUUUUAUUUGAUGUGAUAGUUGAACAAUUGCGUUGAUUAGUUUAAUAGCUAGGUAAUACAUACAA